CAUUCUGUCCUGGAACCAGAAGCGAACCAGAUUCGUGCAUCCAUUUUAGACAUGGCUCACUGUAUAAGAACUUUCACGGAAGAAAUCUCAGAUUAUUCCAGAAAAUUGGUUGGAAUUGUUCAACACAUAGAAGGAGGAGAACAAAUAGUUGAAGAUGGAGUUGGAAUGGCCCACACUGAACAGGUACCAGGAACUGCAGAGAACGCUCGCUCCUGCGUCAGAGCCUACUUUUCUGACCUGCAUGAAACCCUUUGUCGCCAGGAGGAAAUGGCUCUCAGUGUGGUUGAUGCUCAUGUGAGAGAGAAGUUGAUUUGGCUUAGGCAGCAGCAAGAAGACAUGACCAUCCUCCUGUCACAGGUGUCAACAGCUUGUCUUCACUGUGAAAAGACUUUACAACAGGAUGACUGCAGAGUAGUGUUGGCCAAGCAGGAAAUUACAAGGCUGCUGGAGACAUUGCAGAAGCAGCAGCAGCAGUUCACAGAACUUGCAGAUCACGUGCAGCUGGAUGCUAGCAUACCUGUCACUUUUACAAAGGACAACAGGGUACACAUUGGACCAAAAAUGGAAAUCCGUGUUGUCACUCUAGGAUUGGAUGGAGCUGGCAAAACAACUAUUCUGUUCAAGUUAAAGCAAGAUGAAUUCAUGCAGCCAAUUCCAACAAUAGGCUUUAACGUUGAAACAGUAGAAUACAAGAAUUUGAAGUUUACUAUUUGGGAUGUAGGAGGAAAGCACAAAUUGAGGCCCUUGUGGAAACAUUAUUAUCUCAAUACACAAGCUGUGGUGUUUGUUGUUGACAGCAGCCACAGAGACAGAGUCAGUGAAGCAUACAGUGAACUUGCAAAGUUACUAACAGAGAAGGAGCUGCGGGAUGCCUUGCUCUUGAUCUUUGCUAAUAAGCAGGAUGUGGCAGGUGCACUGUCAGUGGAAGAGAUCACAGAACUGCUGAGCCUCCACAAGCUGUGCUGUGGCCGCAGCUGGUACAUCCAGGGCUGCGAUGCCCGAAGUGGCACAGGACUGUAUGAAGGACUGGACUGGCUCUCGAGGCAGUUGGUGGCUGCAGGUGUCCUGGAUGUGGCUUAA